GUCCCGCCGAAGCUCGCAGGAUCAUCCGUGAACUCUCUUCAGAACCGUGAUUAAACGACCCUCAUCGCAAAACAGAGUGAAUCGUUCUUCGGCUUUGUUGGGACUCGCGCUGUUGUCUGCAGCUGUCAAUCACACCGGGAUUCUGUUUCCGGGUUCAGCAGCGUGUCCCGGAUGUGUGGAAUAUCGGCGUCCAUAGAAACACCGAUCAGCUGACCAUCGUUUCAGGAGUUGUGUAACGUUUUGUCAUCUGUUAUUUCAGCUGGACAGGCGUUCUUGUCGUAUUAUGAGAGGCUAAAGAACGCGAUUAGGCGCGCGGCUGAAGCGCUGCGGUCAUGUGACCUGCAGAGGGCGCCAAACUCGACCGUUAUUAUUCACGCCUGCGCGCGCCUCCGCCAGUCUCUGUAUCUGCGGCACACAUCCCUCACGAGUCUCGCGUUUAACGGUCGUUAGGACGAGUUUCGCGCGGUUAACGGUCGCUAGGGCGGUUUUUGCGCGGUUAACGGACGUUAUUAUUCAGCGUGAAUGUGAAGAUCGCGUGAAUUGGGCUGCGCGUUUAUUCCGUGCGCGCCGGUAACGCGGAUCUUACAGCUGCGGGCGAUUCUUCAGUAAACGCUUUGAGAGACAGCUACACUGAAAUCAGCAGCGAUCUUCAUCUUCAUCACGUCAAUCUUCCGUCGGUGUGUCGAGCAUGAACGACUGAAGCGGCGCGUAACGCUGUGUGUCUGCUUUGACCUUGAGCCGGUGUUGUGUUCUCGCUCAUGUCAGUCGCUCGGCCUGCAGCAGCGCUCCAUCAGGUUCUCUUGAUUUUCCACCUGUGAGUGUCUGGAGCGUCGGGCACUGCGGCUUCUGCAGAUUCAUCUGAAUGAGUCCUGACUUCAUCUUCUCUGAGUGACAGCUUAAAAUGCUCCAGCGUGUGACUCCUGACAUGUAAAUGGCGUCGAAGGUGCGUGAUGCUGUGCUCUGGUACCAGAAGAAGAUCGGUGCGUACGACCAGCAGAUAUGGGAGAAAUCAGUGGAACAGCGAGAGAUCAAGUUUAUCAGACGGGGCCUGCGGAACAAACCGAAGAAGACGGGUCACGUGAAGCCGGACCUGAUUGAUGUGGAUCUGGUCAGAGGCUCUGCGUUUGCUAAAGCGAAGCCCGAGAGCCCGUGGACUUCUCUGACCCGGAAAGGCAUCGUUAGAGUGGUUUUCUUCCCCUUUUUCUUCCGCUGGUGGAUUCAGGUGACGUCGAGAGCCAUCUUCUACCUGCUGCUGUCUCUCUACCUGCUGCAGGUGCUGGCGGCUGUGUUGUUUCUCAGCGUCUCCAGUCCUCACGGCGUCCCCGUCACCGAGGUGUUUGGCGCCGUCUGGCUGAUGCUGCUGUUAGGAACCGUUCACUGCCAGAUCGUCUCCACACACACUCCUAAAGCCAGCGGCGGCGGCAGCAGCGGGAAACGCCGCAGGAAGUUGAGGAAAGCGGCUCAUUUGGACAUUCAUAGAGAAGGCGACGGCUCUAGCACUACCGAUAACACACAGGAGGGGGCGCCGCAGGGCUCGCUGUCCGCCGGCUCACGCGGCCUCGUCGCUUUCUUCAGAGAUUUCUGGCAUGGUAUCUUUAAAGCGGGGUCUAAAAAGUCCAAGCUGUCCAUCGAUAAGUCUACGGAGACGGACAAUGGAUACGUGUCUCUGGACGGCCGCAUCACCAGCAAAAGCAGCGAGGAGGGUUUACAGCUGCAUGAGCCUCACUGCGACCUGCUGCGCUCCGAGACGCACUGGAGCCUCCAGCACAGCAGACACCAGCUGAUCCUGCCGCCCACGGGCAAGUGUCUGUCUGAGACUGCGGUUCCUCGCGGGGGGGAGAACAUGUCGGAUGAAGCGUCCAGUGAAGAAGACCCAGAGAACUACAGCACCAUCCGCAGGGGAGCGGAGCGCAAGAACAGCGACUGCACGCUGCGCAACAGGAAAGCACACCACUACAAGAAGCAUUACACUGCUGAGGAGACGCUGAAGUCAGGCACCAGCUGCAGCUCACGGUGCUCCAGCUCGCGGACGCAGGACUCUGAGAGCGCGCGGCACGAGUCUGAGACGGAGGAUGUUCUGUGGGAGGACUUCCUGCACUGCGCUGAGUGCCGCUCGUCCUGCACCAGCGAAACAGAUGCUGACGGAUCCGCCGUCUGCUCCGCCUCCAAGAAAGAGUUCAGAGACGACCCGUUUCAUCAGGGUCACGUGCCAUGGCUCCACAGCUCCAAUCCGGGCCUGGAGCGCGUCAGCGCCAUCGUGUGGGAGGGAAACGAAUGCAAGAAAGCAGACAUGUCUGUGCUGGAAAUCAGCGGCAUGAUAAUGAACAGGGUCAAUCUCUACACUCCAGGGAUCGGCUAUCAGAUCUUUGGGAAUCUGGUGUCUGUGACGCUGGGUUUGACUCCGUUUGCAUUCAGAUUGUUCCAGCACAAAGAGCCGGAGCAGCUGGCGUCUCUGUCGGCCGGCGAGCUGGUGUCUGUGGCCUUCGGCUCGUCCGCAGACGCUCUGGUGAUGGCCAUGGUGAGCGUGAGCUUCGUGGUGCGCGUCUGUCUCAUCUGGCUCUUCUUCUUCUUGCUCAGCGUCGCUGAGAGGACAUACAAGCAGCGGCUGCUGUUUGCAAAGUUGUUUGGUCACUUGACGUCGGCGCGGAGAGCCAGAAAAUCAGAAGUCCCUCAUUUCCGGCUGAAGAAGGUGCAGAACAUUAAGAUGUGGCUGUCGCUGCGCUCUUACUUGAAGCGUCGAGGUCCUCAGCGCUCGGUGGACGUGAUCGUCUCCUCUGCGUUUCUGCUCACGCUCUCGGUGGUCUUCAUCUGCUGCGCUCAGCUGCUUCACGUGCACGAGACGUUUCUGGAGUUUCACUAUAACUGGGAGCUGGUGAUCUGGUGCGCGUCGCUGUCGCUGUAUCUGCUGCGAUUCGUCACGCUGGGCUCAGAAACCAGCAAGAAAUACAGCAACACCUCCAUCUUACUCACAGAACAGAUUAACUUGUACUUGAAAAUGGAAAAGAAACCAAAUAAGAAAGAAGAACUCACUCUGGUCAACAACGUCCUCAAACUGGCCACCAAAUUACUGAAGGAGUUGGACGCUCCGUUCCGUCUGUACGGUCUGACCAUGAAUCCUCUGCUGUACAACAUCACUCAGGUGGUGAUUCUGUCGGCCGUGUCGGGGGUCAUCAGCGACCUGCUGGGCUUCAACCUGAAGCUGUGGAAGAUCAAAUCAUGACGGUGACUCUGCAGCGAGUUCUGCUUCCCGAGGCAAACACACGGUGGCGCUGUUUCCCCUCCACAGGGGCUUCCUGACAAUGAACUCUUGACCUGUUGUUCGGUCAUAUCAGAGUGCUUGUGCAAUUCAGCUAUUUAUUUGACCCUUUCAGUGUUUUUUUUAUUCUGAAGUAUUUGUUUUAGCUGUUACCAUUGUUUUAAGUAUUAUUUUAGCUCAUGAUGUGACGUUCUCAUAGGAAAGAUAAUCCAGCGCGGUCUGAUCGGUGAGUUACAGAAAAGCCCCAUCGUGACGUGAUGAUCGUUGUGGAACGGAUGAAACUGACACACACACACACACAACCGAAACUGCCGUUUUUACAUGCGUGUGAGUUUCCUCAGCUGAUCUGCAGUUUUUCAGCUUUGUUUUUAUUCUCAGCAAUAAGUGAACAUUAAUGCAUCUGAUCACACACUGAUUCAGGCGCUUCACACACACACACACACACACACUCCGUCGGUCUGUAAACACACGUGUGUCAGUUAGGAAAGCCUCAAAAUGUGCACUUUAAAGCAGAAAAUGUUACAUGUUUCAGUCUGAGUCAACGGUUCAGUUUUGUACGUGACAGGACAGACGGCGUAACGACCAAAGUGUUUUUCUUCUUCCUUUGUUUGUUUUUUGCUGGAGAUGAAUGUAUUCGACUCUCUGAACUCUGCUUUGUAAAGGUGACUGACAGAGUUACUUUUUUUGUUGUGAUUUUGUUUUUGUCUGUUCUGAGUUUGAUUCAUAUUUCUGUUCAUGGAGGGAAAAUGUUCUGUUACAAAGAAACACUAUUUAAGGAAAAAGAGAAAAGGAGAAACUGAAUGUCUCGUUCGCUUUUCAGAGAGAAUCUUGUGUUUCUAGUUUCUGUAUAUGAAUGUCAGACGUUUCUUUUCUCAGAUGAAGGUACGGCCAGCUUCACGAGACUUGUGCUGGUGUCACUUAUAUUUCAACACACUGUACAAAAUAAAUCUCUCAUGAAAAGUGU